UAUCCGUAGCCGCUCUCUACUCUAUGGCGGCAGUGAGGCUCAGUCCUCCUGGGCAGGGUGUCCGUGCAGAAAAGCAUCCCUGGCUCCAGCGCUGCUCUUGCCUCCCCCGGGGGCUCCCGGUCAGCCUGUGGCCCUGCGGAGAUCGCUGGGGCCGGGGAGCUGAGGUGCCUGCACCAGCCCCUUACGCGUGUCUCGCCCCCGUUGCCCCGCUCCCGGCUGCGUAGCCUCGGGUCUCCCCGCACCCGGCGCAGGGCCGGGGCGAAUUCCAGCCGGGAUCCAGCUACCUCCUGAGUCAUGAACUGGCUGCGCCCCCUCGCCGCGGGGGGCUGCCGGGUGCCCUUCGGGAGCCAGCACCUGGCACCGUCCUACGCCCUGCGGGCCUUUGCUGCCCACCCCCAAAACCAGGUGGCAGAGGGUGUGGUAAAGCUCCAGCAGCCAAAGCCACAGCUGGGAACUGAUGAGGGGAAAAAAAACUUCAUUCUGAAAACCCCCAAGGGCACCAGGGACUACAGCCCCAAGCAAACAGCCAUCCGGGAGAAAGUCUUCAACACCAUCAUCAGCUGCUUCAAGCGCCAUGGGGCUGAGGUCAUCGACACCCCUGUGUUUGAGCUGAAGGAAACUCUGACGGGGAAGUACGGGGAGGACUCAAAGCUCAUCUAUGACCUGAAAGACCAGGGUGGAGAGCUGCUGUCUCUUCGCUACGACCUGACUGUGCCCUUUGCUCGUUAUCUGGCAAUGAACAAAAUCACCAACAUUAAGCGCUACCACAUUGCCAAAGUUUACAGACGGGAUAAUCCGGCCAUGACGAGGGGCCGCUACAGGGAGUUCUACCAGUGUUCUGAUCAGGCCCUGUCUCAGCAUCAGGUUUAUGAAGGCCCAGUGGUGUCCUGGUGGAUCCUGGUGGAGGUGGCAACCAUGAUGAUGGAUUUUGACAUCGCUGGCCAAUUUGACCCUAUGAUUCCUGAUGCUGAGUGUCUGAAGAUCGUGCAUGAGAUCCUGAGCAUGUUGCAGCUCGGAGACUUCCUCAUUAAGGUCAACGACCGGCGCAUUUUGAAUGGAGUUUUUGCAGUAUGUGGCAUUCCAGACAGCCUGUUCCAUAGCACUUGCUCUACUGUGGACAAACUGAACAAGGCAACGUGGGAGGAUGUGAAGAGCGAGAUGGUUGGAGAAAAAGGUCUCUCACCCAAGGCUGUGGAUCGCAUCGGGGAAUACGUUCAACUGCAUGCAGGUGGGCUGGGUCUGAUUGAGCAGCUGCUCCAGGACCCUAAGCUGUCCCAAAACAAGCUGGCCCGGGAGGGGCUGGGAGACAUGAAGCUGCUGUUUGAGUACCUGACCCUGUUUGGCAUUGCAGAUAAGAUCUCCUUCGACCUGAGCCUGGCACGGGGUCUGGAUUAUUACACUGGGGUGAUCUACGAGGCCAUCCUGCUGCAGCCUCGGAACGCCCACAAGGAGGAGCCGGUCAGCGUGGGCAGUGUGGCUGGAGGUGGCCGCUAUGAUGGGCUGGUAGGGAUGUUCGACCCCAAGGGGCGGAAGGUGCCCUGUGUGGGAGUCAGCAUCGGAAUCGAGCGGAUCUUCUCCAUCAUGGAGCAGAAAGUGGAGGCUUCUAAGGAGAAGAUCCGGACGACUGAGACGCAGGUGCUGGUGGCAACCCCGCAGAAGAACUUCCUUGAUGUAAGACUGAAACUCAUCUCUGAGCUCUGGGAUUCUGGGAUCAAGGCAGAGAUGCUGUAUAAGAAGAACCCCAAGCUGCUGAACCAGCUGCAAUAUUGUGAAGACAUGGGAAUCCCUCUCGCAGCCAUCGUAGGAGAGCAGGAGCUGAAGAAUGGAAUCGUCAAGCUACGAGUCGUAGCUAGCAGGGAAGAGGUCGAUAUCCCUAGGGAGAAGCUUGCUGAGGAAAUCAGAAAAAGGGUGGAGUCCUAGAGCCCUUCUGUGCACAACAGCUUGACUCACUGGACCUGUUUCCUGCCGUGUGGAUUGUUUCCAGCCAUGGGAUGCGCUGCUAGGCCAUGAAUCUGUGAGGAUCUGGGUAGUGCUGAUCGGGCUGAAGGCUGGCCACAUCCUGCUGCACUGAGAUUAACCUUGCCCCAUCAAUCUUAUGACUUGGUACAGCAUCUCCGUUUGUAGGGAGUGGACAUGGUUUUAAAGGCAUAGGGCAGAUUAUCAACUGUUCACCUCUCAGGUUAAGUAGCAUGAAGAGUGGGUCUGUUUUAAUGUGUUUCUAUUAUGGUAGCAAGCUCACUGGUCAAAGCAGAGCUCCUACAUUUGCAGUAAGGCAGAUUCCCUUGCAAUGACCUAGCCUUAGCACAGAGUUAAUUCUCUAUCUGGAAGGAAUUCACACUUGCUGGGUCCUGCCCAAUGCCCAGAUGCCUUUGCAAGUUGACUCAGCAAUUUGCUAUGUUCAGGCUUGCUGAGGGUAGCCUUGUGAGCAUCCUCACAUAUCCAGAACCUCCAUGGAAACUUGUCCUUAGAAUCUACCUGCCCUUCGCCUGUGCAGGGCAGCUCUGAAUCGCUGGAAGGUCAGUCCCCAUCUGUGGGCUCCCUUCCCCCACCCCCAGUUAUGGAGCUGAACUAGGAAAUUUCUCUUUCCCUGCUCAGUGGGAUGGGAGUAUCACUGCUGUCCAGGACACACAUGAACUAUGCUUCAAGGAUGCUCUUCAGUAUCCCUACAUGUCGUCAGGAGAUUGGACAUGAUAUUCCCAUUUUGUGGCUGGGCUGUUGGCAUAGUGCUGCACAGUAGCUACAACCCUCCUCCCAGGAAAUGACCCCAUUGAUCCAGGUUUUAGUGAUCUAGUCUCUUCUCCCGUGGUUCUGUCUAAAGUGAAUGAGGCUGUGGAUGAGCUGAGACUUUGGUUUCCAUGCAAACAUGGAUAAAUUAUGUAAAUAAAAUACUGUGGGUUGCUGAA